UGACACAUGCCCAGUGUGUGCGCGUGAACAGAAGGGAGCUGCUGACCGGGGCUGCUGGCCAAACACACAACACUCUGUCAACCGUCUUCUUUUAAGAGUACAAGAGUUCCUCUACACGAAAACGAAUAAAAGUGCCAAAAUGGGAAAUGGUUCUAUGAAGCUGAAUCCUCUCAAGCAGGUCAGUGGCUCGGCCAAAUCCAAAAACAAUGGGGAAACAAGCUCAGUUCCUCAAGUCCUCAGAGUUAGAGUGGAAGAGUUAGAGAGUCAACUGAAGAAGAAGGAUGAAGACUUGAAUGCCAAGGAGCUUCAGAUCAAACAUCUAGAGGAGCAGUUGGCUCAGCAGAGACAGGCCAUUUCAGAGAUAUCUGAUGCUUUGAGGAACAAGUGUCUCCAACUCAACAAGCUGCAGGAUGCACUGAAGAAUCAAGGGGAGUUGGGUCUCCUGCCAUCACCUAUCAAGGAAAAGGUCAGUCAGUGUCUCACAGGCCUGCUCAGAGAUACCCUCAACAGGAGGAAAGGAGCAAAAGCUGGAGUUUCUGCAGAGCCUUCAUCCAGAACGUAUGAUUCCAGCGGUAUACCAAAGUUCUACUUUGAGAGUGCACGAGUCUGGAAAGAGCAAAGUGUAAAGAAGCUCCUCACCGAUGCUUUAAAUAAGAACCAGUAUCUGAGGAGACUGGAAGUGCAACAGGUCAAAGACAUGGUGGAAUGCAUGUAUGAGCGGACGUACCAGCAAGGAGAAUACGUCAUAAAACAAGGAGAGCCGGGAAACCACUUGUUUGUGCUUGCAGAUGGCAAGCUGGAUGUCUAUCAGCACAACAAACUGCUCACAUCAAUAGCAGUCUGGACCACAUUUGGUGAAUUAGCCAUCUUGUACAAUUGCACCAGGACUGCAUCGGUCAAAGCGGCCAGCAAUGUGAAAACAUGGGCCCUCGAUCGAGAAGUCUUUCACAACAUCAUGCGGAUGACUGCCGAGGCUCGACACGAGCAAUACCGCCACUUCCUGAGGAGUGUUUCACUUCUUUCUAGUCUACCUGGGGACAAACUAACUAAGAUUGUGGACUGCUUAGAGGUGGAGUAUUAUAAUAAAGGAGACUACAUCAUCCGGGAGGGAGAAGAAGGAAACACUUUUUACAUAAUCGCCAAUGGAAAGAUUAAAGUCACACAGAGCACACAGGAUCAUGAAGAGCCUCAGAUCAUCAACACCUUGGGGAAAGGGGAUUAUUUCGGAGAGAAGGCCCUCAUCAGUGAUGAUGUCAGAUCUGCAAAUAUAAUAGCAGAUGAGGAUGGGGUGGAAUGCCUUGUCAUUGAUCGAGAAACCUUCAGUCAAACUGUUGGAACUUUUGAUGAGCUUAAGAAGUACCUCCAGAGCUAUGUCGAGAAUUUAGCACGAGACGAUAAGAAAAGAAAGGCUAAAAGGUCGGGAAGCUGCACCCCACCAACCACACCAGUGUCACAUGAUAUGAUAGAGCUGAAAGAGACAGAGAGCAGCUUUGCAUCCACUAUACCCUUCAGCUGCCUCGAGGUUAUUGCCACGCUGGGAGUUGGGGGCUUUGGCAGAGUUGAAUUGGUGAAAGUGAAGCAUGAGAAUGUGACGUUUGCUCUGAAAUGCAUCAAGAAACGGCACAUCGUGGAUAACAGACAGGAAGAGCACAUCUACUCAGAGAGGAGGAUCUUGCUUGAAACAAACUCUCCUUUUAUUGUAAAAAUGUACUGCACUUUCAAAGACAACAAGUAUGUAUACAUGCUGUUGGAGGCAUGUCUGGGUGGAGAAAUCUGGAGUCUUCUGAGAGACAGGGGGAGUUUUGAUGAGUACACUACCAAGUUCUGUGUGGGCUGUGUAACAGAGGCCUUUGACUACCUACACAACAACGGCAUCAUAUACAGAGACCUGAAGCCUGAGAAUCUGAUGCUGGAUACAGAUGGAUACGUCAAAUUGGUGGAUUUUGGCUUUGCUAAGAAGCUCAAGUGUGGCCAGAAGACCUGGACGUUCUGUGGGACUCCAGAGUAUGUUGCACCUGAGAUCAUUCUCAAUAAAGGUCACGGUCUCAGUGUGGACUUCUGGUCUCUUGGAAUCCUGAUCUUUGAACUUCUUACAGGAAGCCCCCCCUUUACUGGCUCAGAUCAGAUGAUUAUAUACACAUUCAUUCUGAAAGGAAUUGAGAAGAUGGAUUUCCCUAAAAAGAUCACCAAGAGGCCAGGUGACCUUAUCCGAAAGCUGUGCAGACAAAACCCUUCAGAGCGACUGGGCAAUCUAAAGAAUGGAAUAACUGAUAUUAAAAAACACAGAUGGUUUACAGGAUUUAGCUGGAGUGGUAUGAAAUCCAGAAGUCUGAUAUCACCACUUAAAAGAGAGGUGAAGGGACCCACUGACCACAGUUACUUUGACAGUUAUCCUCCUGAAGAAGAAAUCCCUCCAGAUGAAAUGUCGGGUUGGGACACCGACUUCUAACUGACCCCUCGAUGCACCCAUGUGCUCAAACAUUUUGAGUUAAACAAAACUCUUCUGCCGUUUGUCAUCUCCAACAUGCCAGCCUUUUCCCCAAGGAACCUUAGACCAUGAAGCCAACAGAACCCGUGUAUGUGUUGCAACAAUGGACUCCUUGACCGAAGGCUGCUGUUAGUGCAGUGGGAGGCACAGCAGAGGAGGAG